CCCCGGUUCCCUCCGGAGUGACGGCGAGGACUCGCUACAGCUCGGGCACUCGGCUGCGGUACAUGGGUCUUAAAGAGGGCCACAGGGGAGCGGCCCCUGGUCAAAUAAAAGCAAGCAUGAGUUCGAAUACACGUUUAACUACCCCAGGUGGGUUAAAUCCCACCCAUGGCGAUGCCAUGGCUCAGCCCCACCGUACUCUGGCGGGGGGCAAAACUCAUGAGGAAGAGAAGGAUGAGGAGAGAAGAGUGGUAGGAUGUGGUGAUGUGAAGGAGAAUACAAGGGACGGAGGCGAGAUGUCUAACCGGAGUACGCCCGUCCCACUCAAAGAUUGUAGAGUUAUGUUGGUGCGAACUCCACUACCCAUAUUGAGUCCAAAUAACAGCACAGGAGACCGUGAAGUUGAGGCCAUUACUGCCAUAGGAAAAAAUGUCGGACGACAAGUGAUGGAGGCCAGCCUGGAGACGAGCUGUGAGAUGCUCAGCGCUGACGUAUCGUUUACCUCCAUCAACUCACCACAUGUACAAGGGCGACCGGCGCGAUUUUUUCGUCGGAAAAGAAGGAAGGAAGAAUGCAGCUCUAGCGACGCUGGAACCCCUCACUCGACGAGAAAGUCGCGGGCUGCAUUAAGUAAACUCCAACGAGUAGAACGGGAGAAGAGGGUUGAAGCAGAACUACUAGAGGCGACCCCCAGUCCCCCAACAAAAACUGGAAGCACAGCGCAAACCGAACGUCACGCUGAUCCAAAGGUGAGGAUUGAGGCCAGCCUCGCUGCAGUGGAUAAAGUCGCCCGACACUCGAGUAACCUGAAGGGCACUUUUGUCUCAGCGCUAAAACAGGCGGUAACCUCGAUCCGUAGAGACGCCGAAGAGCUAGCUGACCGUACAGUCAGCGAGGAAACGAGGGCGCUCCGGAGCGAAAAUGAGAGACUUCGUGGACAGGUGGAAGCACUUCAAAAAGAAAUGGCUGAGUUGAGAACCCUGAUACAAGAGUGCUCCAGGAAACCGGUGCAUAAAGAGCCAUUACGGACUUCUUCACCAUCUUCGCAGCUACCACAACUCUUAGCCGAGCUGGAAGGUCGUUUAAUGAGACAAAUGGGCGAAUGUCUUAGCGCGAGACUCGCAAACCUGGAGCCUCGAUUAAAUGCGGAACCGAAAAUUCGGCCACCAUUAGCCGCGGAUCCGAUUCCAAUUGAGGACUCUACGACAAAGAGCAUAGAAGAACACUCGAUAGGGGAGAAGAGAAAAUCUAGGAAAGGAAAGAAGCUGCGGGCACCUGAUGCUAACAAUGCACCCGAUGCAGUAAGUGCGCAGAUCCCACCAACCCAGAGCAACCCAGAGGCAAACUGCGAGCAAGAGUGGAAAACAGUGCAAAGUAAGCGUAAACAGGCCAAGAAUACCCCAACCGCUGGCAUCGUAAAGCCCGCGGCUACGACUACUCAACGGCCACGAGCAAAGCUGAGAGCCCCGAGAUCCACGGCCGUUGUGCUUACAAUCACCGAAAAAGAACAGACCUACGCCUCUGUAUUACGGGAGGCAAAGGAAAAAAUUAAACUAAGUGAUUUGGGCAUAGAAGCCGUAAAAUUUAAGCGGGCGGCGACGGGAGCGGUGAUACUAGAGCUACCCGGAUCACGCAGUGGAGACAAGGCCGAUGCCCUUGCCAGUAAACUGAAAGAAAUCUAUGCUAGCGGAGUGAGUGUGUCGAGGCCGGAGAAGUGUGCCGAGGUACGAGUGGCUGGCCUCGAUGACUCUGUAACGUCGGACGAUAUCAAAAAGGCGAUAGCGGAGAUUGGGGGCUGCAACCGCGAACAAGUAAUAGUGAGUGAGGUUCGGCCAGACAGAACUGGAUUGUUUGGAGCCUGGGUUCGGUGUCCAAUUCUUGCGGCCAAGAAAAUCACCGAGGGACGACUACUAAUAGGCUGGGUCACAGCAAGAGUAACCUUACUGGAACGCAAGGAAAUUAGGUGCUACCGGUGCCUUCAAAGCGGGCACGUAGCGAGCCGGUGCACGUUUGGCGCUGAUCGUAGCAAUCUCUGCUUCCGCUGCGCACAACCAGGCCACCGGGCCGCGACUUGCGAGGGCAAACCCGUGUGCGUCCUUUGCACGGAAGCGGGCCGAAAGGCAGACCAUCGGCUAGGGAGCGCUAAAUGUCCGGCCCCUAGCGCCAAAGUUGCUAGAAGAGAGACGCCGCGGCACAACAUGGUUCCGACCGGGUCCGCCCCACCGGACGGGGAAGCAAUGCUUACAGAUAAAAUCGUAAAUGCCUAGCACGGUACGGUUCCUCCAAUGUAACCUCAACCACUGUGCCAAUGCCCAGGAUCUUCUGACACAAAGCAUGGCACAGUGGUCCAUUAAUGUUGCAAUGGUGUCAGAACCAUAUAUCUCAGAGCUGAGGACCGCUUCAAAUUGGAUUGUGGAUACGGAAGGCCUCGCAGCCGUUAUACUCGACGGGGACCAGAUGGCACUUGCGGGACCGCACCUAAAGGGUCGCGGGUGUGUCGCCGUCCGAGUCUCGGAGAAUCUGGUAGUAAUAAGUGCCUACUUUUCACCCAACAAGACACUCGCCGAGUUCGAGCGGUUUUUAGUCGAGAUAGGCUCACUGGUAGACUGGGCCCGACCCCACGAGGUAAUUGUCGCCGGUGACUUCAACGCAAAGUCGACUGCGUGGGGGACGCUGGAUGACCGUGGACGAGGACAGGCCUUGUUACGAUGGGCCGCAAUGUACAAUUUGACAGUAUUAAAUAAAGGCUCCGAGCACACGUGCGUACGCAGAGCGGGAGGCUCCAUCGUUGAUGUCACUUUUGCGAGUUCCUGUCUUGCUCGUCGCGUUGAAGAUUGGGAGGUUAUGACAAAGGUAGAAACACUGUCGGACCAUAGAUACAUCCAAUUCCGUAUCCCUCCAUUGUCGUCUGCUAGAUCGGCUGAGCAGAGUCUCAUUCCGUCUGAAAUCGGCCCUAAAUGGUCGCUGAGGUCGUUGGAUAGAGUCGUGUUCGAAGAGGCGACAAUAGUUAAGUCCUGGUGUUCCAGCCGCACUAAUGCUGAUAUAGAAAGUGAAGUUCGGUGGCAUGCAAAAGCGUUAGCAGACCUAUCAGAGGCGUCAAUGAGACGCGUACGAAUUUUGAGGCCGAGGGAUAAAGUUUACUGGUGGUCUGACGAACUAGCUGGUCUUCGAUCAAUCUGUGUGAGAUCGCGGAGGAUGUUUACGCGGUACAGGCGCCGACCGCUAGCACGUCGCAGUCAAGAUGAAGAGGAACGGCUAUACGUAGACUAUCAAGCUGCAAAAAAGGAUCUAAGGGUAGCAAUAGCAAGGUCCAAAGAAAAUGCUUGGAAUGAGUUUCUUAACACGUUGCAACAAGAUCCCUGGGGCCGCCCCUUUCGACUUGUAAUGAGCAAAUUGCGACCCCGGGCGCCGCCACUGACGUCCACCAUGCAACCUUCGCUUCUUGACUCGGUGGUAUCCACCCUGUUUCCACGUGGGAAUGGGCGUACACCUACCCCAGCGCAUCCGUACUCGAUUCCAAGCGAAGAGUCAAUACGCGUGACGCCUGAAGAAUUAGAAGCAGCAUUGGCAAAGGUCGCCGCUAAAAACACAGCUCCAGGCCCUGAUGGCAUUCAUGGCAAGGUGUGGGCUCUCGCCCUUAAGGACGAAGAAUUGGCGUGGAGGUUCUGCAGUUUGUUGACGCAAAUCAUGCAGAAGGGAGAGUUUCCCUCCGCCUGGAAGACUGGGAAAUUAGUGCUGCUAAAGAAGCCCGGAAAAAUCGAAACAUCCCCUUCUGCUUACCGCCCAAUCGUAUUGUUGGAUGAGGGUGGCAAAAUCUUGGAGCGGAUCAUGGCUAAAAGAAUAAAUAGACAUCUAGAAACCAUCGGACCAGAUCUGCACAGUGCUCAGUUUGGCUUCCGGCGGUCGCGGUCUACUGUGGACGCAAUCGCAGAGGUGCGAGAAAUCAGCGAGGAGACCACGGAGCAGGGUGGAGUUGUACUGGCGGUGUCCCUUGACAUCGCCAACGCCUUCAACACCAUUCCUCACGAGGCUGUUCUGCGAGGCUUAGUACAUCAUGGGAUACCGUUAUAUCUCCAGAGGCUAGUAGAAUCGUACCUGUGCGAUCGUAAAAUUGUGUUCCCGUGUAGGGAUUCUUGGAGAAGCUACCGAGUCACAUGUGGUGUACCUCAAGGGUCCGUUCUGGGGCCCCUGCUUUGGAAUAUAGGCUACAAUUGCAUCAUUAAGACAUCUCUGUCUAUAGGUGUUAGGGUCAUUUGUUACGCCGACGAUACCUUGGUUGUGGCAUCUGCUAGUUCCUACGUCGAGGCGAGCCGUCGCGUAACUGCUGGGGUAGCUCAAGUCGUAGCGCAGAUAAGACACCUCGGGCUGCGUGUCGCGCUGGAGAAGUCCGAAGCGAUCUGUUUUCACGGCCCGGGGCGAGCGCCUCCAGCGGGUGCGCACAUCGUCGUUGCGGGAGUGUCCAUCGAGGUAGGAAAAUCCCUGAAAUAUCUGGGCCUAGUACUAGAUUCCCGGUGGACGUUUAGAGCACAUUUUGCGGCACUUGCCCCGAAGCUCACCGCCACUGCAAUGGCUCUUAGCCGGAUUAUGCCAAAUCUAGGCGGGCCGAGCGAGGGGUGUCGUCGACUCUACUCCGGCGUCGUCAAGUCGCAAGCUAUGUACGGGUGCCCAAUAUGGGCUGAUAAGCUGUCCCGCAAGAACAAGCAGCUUCUGAGGCGUUAUCAAAAACUAAUGACGAUUAAGGUUGCGCGAGCGUACCGCACGGUGUCAUACGAUGCCGUGUGUUUGAUCGCAGGUUCCGCGCCCUGGCACCUCGAGGCUACCGCUCUGGCAGACGUCUAUUGGCGCAGGGCUGAUACGCGUGAAGCAGGGAGAGAACCGGACACA